GGUUAGAAGAAGAUUACGAGAACGGAAGAACCGCUCCUCGGCCUUCGUUCACCUCAGCAGCAUCCAGCCCUAUCGGGUUUCUUAUCUCCGGAACCCCACUGCAUUGCAUGUGCCGAGAUACAUCACGACAUCGACAUUAACAUCGAGCCUCGGACCAUUACUUUGUACGGAUCUCACUCAGGGAUCAAAUAACUGCAAUGACGGAACUCCUUGACUUAUGCUAUGAUGUCUUGAUCCGGAUCCUGGAGGAGAUCAAUCCAGAAGACCUCGCAGCAUGUGCACUAACAUCCCGAGGCUUCAACGAAUUCAUCAAGAAGAACAAACGCUUAUACAAGGCACAUUAUCUAAGAAUCUUGGAUGACCCUCGCCGCAAGCCACGCGAUCCGGAGCCAGAAUGGGUACCAGAGCUCCAAAAGAUCGUCAAAUGCCGCAGGAUACUACAAUCAGCCGACAAUUUCCUGAAGCGAGAUGAAUUCGGCUUUGUUGCAUCGACAGUGGAAAGCCUAAUCGCCACCGCAUCAACAGACCAAUUCAACCACUCUCAAAAUCAGAACCUAGUAUCCCAGUCUUUCUCUAUAUCCCAGAACCACGAUGCAUUCAUGUGUCGAUCCUCGCUGUACUCGCGCGCAGGAACAGAAUACCAGAAGGCAGCAGACGACGAAGAGAGCCGGCAACUAAGCGCCAAACUACUCUGUCUCUUCGGCAUUCCUUCGAGCACCAUUGGGCGAAGGGUUCUUUCUACGCACUCCUACGCUCGGUCAAGAGUGUAUGAUUUGCGGACUUACACGGAUAAGACGCAAUGGGGUCCUUUCCGGGAUGACGGGAGUAUGCGGACGGACUGGGAGAUGGUGGAGAGCCUUAUGAUUGUUUUGGCCUAUAACUCAGGACUCUGCUGUAGGAGGUUUCUACAGAACUUUCGCCCGCCGUGGUCCGAGCCGUUAGAGGGUGUGGUGCCACGACAAGCGGAUGGGGUGUCGAAUGCGCUAACGAGGGAACUCGACGUCCCGUUGCAGCUCAGAGAUCCGUAUAAUGUCUCUGGUCUCUGGUCACGUAUUGUGUGCUUCAUGGACUACAACGAUCUUUACCAGUUCAACUUUAGCUCCCAAGCCAUGAAAGUCCCUUCCGAUGAACCGCGAGAGCCCCUCAACACCGAAGAAGCGAUCCGACAUAUCCUGAUGGACCUCCAAGUCACAUCUAUCGAACCAGCCGGUGAAUUCGAUAACCCAACCUUACCCGUCGUGCACUUCAACGGGAAAUCGCGAGCCGUAGAUGCAGCCUGGGAUCCGAGUGCCAACUCGAAAAUCCGAGGCUCCGUACGUCUCACCCCUUCCGGUGACGUGCGCUGGCAGACCAUAUCCGUCUUUUACGGCGGUGAAGAGCGCUGGCGCAGUGAAGGCAUUCAAGUUGGCGGCGUACGAUCUAAGCGUGGUGUUAUAGGGACGUGGUUCGACAAGGACUUUGAUCCGCAUGGGCCGGCGGGUCCGACUGCGUUUUGGAAGACGUGUGAUAGGGGGUUGGGCGAGGACGAGGAUGAGGACGAGAGUGAUGAGGGAUGGUGAGCGAAGGACGGAUGUGGGGAAAGGAUUUGAGGGUUUAGGUGUUUGGUGUGAUGGUGCAAGUUGGGGGAUUGGUUCUUAGGUUUUGCCUGCGUUGUUCUUGCUC